AUGGCUAUAUCGAAGCGAAGGAAUCCUCUUCAUACAUCAAUUUGUAAGAAGGAUGGUAAAAAGAAGAUAAAAUUAGUUGAAAAUAUAAGAGAAACAUUGGAAAAUUUUAUUAAAAAAAAUGAUAACUCAACUUUUGUAUAUUUAAUCUCUUUAAACAAUCAGAGGAACUCACCUCUCAAAACACUUAGAUCCUUAUUACUUCCCGGGAGAGUGUUUUAUGGCAAAAAUAAGGUAAUGCGUAUAGCAUUUGGUACAAAACCUGAAGACGAAAUACAUGACAACAUACACAAAAUUUCAAAGAAUAUAAAUGGAGAAACGGCUGUUUUAAUAACUAGUGAGGACCCAGAGGUGGUAAUUAAGAAGGUGAAGGAAUAUAAAGUUAGAGAUUUUUCUAAAGCCGGUAAUAUAGCUACUGAUACAAUUGUACUCAAGGUUGAUGGAAAAGAGUUUGAUGAGAUUCCAGGCAGUAUGGAGCCUCAGUUUCGACAACUAGGGAUGCCAACAGCACUAAAUAUGGGUAAAAUUAUACUAAUGGGCGAUUUUACACUAUGUGAAAAGGAUAAGCCACUAACGCCAAAUCAAACUCAUCUCCUGAAAUUAUUUGGGAUAAGAAUGUCGUUAUUUGAAGCAAACGUACUUGGAUUCUGGAAUGAUGGCCAUUACAAGCAGUUGGCCUAA